GUCGGAGCUGCCCGCCGGGGCGCGAGAGAGGAGAGAGACAGAGAGCGAGCGAGGAGAGGAGCCCGAGGCGAAAAAGUAACUGUCAAAUGCGCGGCUCCUUUAACCGGAGCGCUCAGUCCGUCUCCGAGAGUCAUGGCGACCGCAGCGUCUAACCACUACAGCCUGCUCACCUCCAGCGCCUCCAUCGUGCACGCCGAGCCGCCGGGCGGCAUGCAGCAGGGCGCGGGGGGCUACCGCGAGGCGCAGAGCCUGGUGCAGGGCGACUACGGCGCGCUGCAGAGCAACGGGCACCCGCUCAGCCACGCUCACCAGUGGAUCACCGCGCUGUCCCACGGCGGCGGCGGCGGGGGCGGCGGCGGCGGCGGCGGGGGCGGGGGCGGCGGCGGGGGCGGCGGCGACGGCUCCCCGUGGUCCACGAGCCCCUUGGGCCAGCCGGACAUCAAGCCCUCGGUGGUGGUACAGCAGGGCGGCCGCGGCGACGAGCUGCACGGGCCGGGCGCCCUGCAGCAGCAGCAGCAGCAGCAGCACCAGCAGCAGCAACAGCAGCAGCAGCAGCAGCAACAGCAGCAGCAGCAGCAGCGGCCGCCGCAUCUGGUGCACCACGCCGCCAACCACCACCCGGGGCCCGGGGCAUGGAGGAGCGCAGCGGCGGCGGCGCACCUCCCGCCCUCCAUGGGAGCGUCCAACGGCGGCUUGCUCUACUCGCAGCCCAGCUUCACGGUGAACGGCAUGCUGGGCGCCGGCGGGCAGCCGGCCGGGCUGCACCACCACGGCCUGCGGGACGCGCACGACGAGCCGCACCACGCCGACCACCACCCGCACCCGCACUCGCACCCGCACCAGCAGCCGCCGCCCCCGCCGCCCCCUCCGGGCCCGCCCGGCCACCCCGGCGCGCACCACGACCCGCACUCGGAUGAGGACACGCCGACCUCGGAUGACCUGGAGCAGUUCGCCAAGCAGUUCAAGCAGCGGCGGAUCAAACUGGGAUUUACCCAAGCGGACGUGGGGCUGGCGCUGGGCACCCUGUACGGCAACGUGUUCUCGCAGACCACCAUCUGCAGGUUUGAGGCCCUGCAGUUGAGCUUCAAGAACAUGUGCAAGCUGAAGCCUUUGUUGAACAAGUGGUUGGAGGAGGCGGACUCGUCCUCGGGCAGCCCCACGAGCAUAGACAAGAUCGCAGCGCAGGGGCGCAAGAGGAAAAAGCGGACCUCCAUCGAGGUGAGCGUCAAGGGGGCUCUGGAGAGCCAUUUCCUCAAAUGCCCCAAGCCCUCGGCCCAGGAGAUCACCUCCCUCGCGGACAGCUUACAGCUGGAGAAGGAGGUGGUGAGAGUUUGGUUUUGUAACAGGAGACAGAAAGAGAAAAGGAUGACCCCUCCCGGAGGGACUCUGCCGGGCGCCGAGGAUGUGUACGGGGGGAGUAGGGACACGCCACCACACCACGGGGUGCAGACACCCGUCCAGUGAACUCGAGCGGGGGGGAGGGGCAGAGCGCGGGGCUCCCCCUCCCCUUCGGUUCGCGGCCCCCUUGUUCCCUCUCUAACUUCUGAUUGUUCUUUUCUUUUUAAUUAUUUCCCCGUCCCUUAAAAAGAAAAAAAAAAAUAAGGAAAACAACUAAGGCACUGGACUAUCCUUUAAACGGUAGCAGGUGUAAUGAUAUGUUUUGACCUUUACAGGCUAGUACCCAGGCGAUGGAGUGGAGCGUCUCAUAGAGUGUGAGGAGAGAGUGUGUGAUAGAGAGAGAGAUGGCAAGCACUGAGUUAAAUACCUGGCAAAACUAAAUAAAUUACCAAAAAAGAAAAAAAAAUCCACCAAACCGUGAUAAACACAAAACAGCUCCUGAUGCUUGGAGCUGUCACAUGCUGCUGUGUUUAUUUAAUGUGGAUCCCCAUCAGGAAAGAGGGAAAAAUACACAAGUUCUUUGAUGUAGGCAAAACUUAACCACAUAGAUUUGCACUGCAAGAAAAUUGAAGUUUACAUGAACAAAUUUACAAACGUGUUUUUCUUUCUCCCACCGUUAAUUUUGAAAUUGCCGGGUUUGGUUGGGCUUGGUUUUAUUCAUCGGGGAGAGUUGAAGCCAGCUUUUGACCACUCUCCGUUUCUAAUGUUCUUGUGUUGCCCCCUCGUUCUUCUUAGUGUUUAGGAACUUUAGUUGCCUUCAGUUUGCCCCCUCCUGACAUUGGUAUCACAUUUAUUUGCUUCUUUUACCAAAGCAAACCGAUUGGCUUCAUACAAAAUAAAUAAUUCUCUGCUUUCAGGAAAUGUGCAUGGUCUACCCGCUUUAUUCAAGGCAAGAAUUAUGUUUGGAAU